AUACUAUUCCGGUUUUCCUUCAAAACGUUGAACACCUGUUAAUUUGCUGUUGCGUAAUUAUAUGAUAUUGCCGUCUGGUCGGCAAAAGAUUUUCACAAACUUUAAAAAUUUAUUUUGUUCAGAGUCAUAAAUGAAUAUGAACAAUUUUAUUGUAAGUGAAAUACAAUGUUUUGAUGUAUUGACAAACGUUAAAUAUUUUUAAAUUACUCCAAUUGUUUCUGCAUUUUAUCCUAUUGUCACAUUACAUAUGUCACAACGUUAUUGAUAAUUUCAAGCAUACCAAAAGCAAAAUAAAACUAGCACUAAAUAAAGUUGGUACCAAUAUAAAAACAUGAAAAGAUUCGUUCAAAGGUCCACGUGCGUGACAGUUGUGGUUAUGUUUUCUAGUGUGUAAAUAUAGUUUGUACAAUUAGAUUAACAACAUUUUUGUAAAUGAUUCCACGAAUAUAAAUAAAUCAUGUCAACCUGUAAAAUACAUAAUAUUAGGUUCUAUAAUUUAGAACCACGUUCUGUUACUUGUUUAUCUUAUGAGUCAAAAACAAGGAAGUUAGCACUAGCGAGAAAUGACAAUUCUAUUGAAGUGUGGAAUGUUGGAAAUGCACCUUUUGUGGAAUUUACGAUAGCUGGUCACUCAGAAAACUCCAUUGAAAGUAUCUUGUGGAUCGAUUCAAGAUUAUUUUCAACUGGUCUUCAUGGAAUGAUAGCAGAAUAUAAUUUAACAACAUUGUCUAUUAAACACGAGGUUGCAGUCACAGGAGGUGCUGCUUGGUGUAUGGACCUUAAUCAUAAGAAAACUUGCUUAGCUGUUGGUACAGAGGAUGGAUACAUUAAUACAUUUAGUGUAACAAAUGAUUCUUUGAUUUAUGAAAGAAUUUUUGAUAAACAAAAGGGAAGAAUUCUUUGUAUUAAAUGGGAUAAUACGGGAGAAAUGAUUUAUACGGGAUCCCUAGACACAAUUAGAGUUUGGAAUGCUAUAUCAGGUCAUGCGAUUUAUAAAAUGACGACUUCUAGAAAAGAAGCUAAAAAAGAAACUAUUAUUUGGUGUUUAGCGGUUACAGAUGAUAAUGUUAUAGUUUCUGGAGAUUCACGUGGAUGUUUAUCAUUUUGGGAUCCCCAUAUGGGUACCUUAAUCGAAUCCCAUGAAAGUCACACUGCAGACAUAUUAGCUGUUACAUUAUCUCAUGAUAUGAACGUUGUAUAUUGUGCUGGUGUUGAUCCUGUAGUAAGAAGUUUUUGUAAAAUAAUUACAAAAUCUACUGGUAAACCACAAUGGGUAAAAGGAAUUGAAAGGAGGUUACAUACGCAUGAUGUGAGAGCUCUGGUAGAUGCAGACGGAAAGCUAUAUUCUGCAGGUGUAGAUGGAUAUCUGGCUCAGUCAAGUUACCCACCCAAGGUUCUCGUUAAAUAUCCACCGUUACUCCAACUACCAUGUUCUACUGUUUGUAGAAAAUCUAGGUGCAUUCUAUUAAGAUACACAAAUUUUCUUGAAUUAUGGAGGCUUGGUUCUCCUGUUAAAGUGUCUCCAGAAUCUGUACAUCCCGGUAUGUUUCAUCAACUAGAAGAAGAGCCAAUAAAGUUGUUGCAAUUAAGAACAAAAGGAGAUGAGAGUAUCAUUUCUUGCGCUAUUAAUAAAGAUUCCAAAACAAUCGUAUAUUCAACCGACAGUCAUGUUAGAGUAUUUAACUUCGAUGUUGUCGAAGGAGAUGCACAGUUGUCGAAGAAUGAAUCUGAUAUUUCUGCAACUAGAAUACAGAAAAUGUUGUUCAGCCCGAAUGGCAAAUUAUUUGUGACGAUUAACAAUGAUGGAAAAAAAAAUACAGUAACAUUAUAUAAAGUAGAAAAGAAACGUUUGAGGUACCUUGGUUACUUCUACACAAAUGAGGAGUCCAUUCUAAAUGUUGGGAUCGCUUGUUUCUCGCCGGACAGUAAAUAUUUCAUUUGUGCCGACCGUCAAGGCGCAAUUGCUAUAUACAAUAUUAGUGAAUCUGUGAGUACGGAUGCACCCGUGUCAUGGUUGCUGCCUAAAUACAGUUGCCCUCCAACAGCUAUGGCUGUACAGAAAGAUACUCUGAAUUUGGUCGUUGUAUAUUCCGAUCAUAAGAUUGUGGAGUACAACCUUCUGCAAAGGCAGUACACGAAAUUCUCGAAUAAUUUGCAAAAUCGACUGCCGAAGCAGUGGCUAGCGCGUUCGUUCCCUAUAACGAAUAUAAUCUUCGAUCCGCGAAACGAGAACAUUAUAAUACUUCACGACGACUCGACGGUGUACGUGAUCAAUAAAUCGAAUGAACUCCCGGAUAAAGAAGCUAAGAUACCAAGACGAGAAAAUGGUGAAAUUACGGAGGACAGUAGUUCCAUGUUGAGUUCACAGUCCCAGCAAGCUUUCCAAGUUCUUAAGAAGUACAAGCACCUGGUUUAUUUAGACUGGUUAAAUGACGAGGAAAUGGUCGCGGUCGAAGUGAACCCAAUAUCUUUGACAGAAAAAUUACCGCCGACCCUCAGACAGAAAUGGUUCGGAGUGUAAAUAAAGCCCUGUGUUAGCCCGACGAAAUGUUAUGUACAAAGUUACCCACAUAUUUUCUAUAUUAAUAUUAUUCCAACAUUUUUCAUGUUUUUAAAAAGAAACACUGUCAUUAUCACGCUGUUUAUAUCUGAACUCCAACAAUCUAUUUUUUAAUAUACGUGUUGCAGUGUAUGAUGCAUUGUAU